ACGAUUCUUAGCGCACCAAUCAAACAUGGCUCGGUCUGCGAGAAACAUGACUCGAUGAAAAUGAAUAGAAAUAAGCAAGUUGUGAUCGAGCCAAAUAGUGUCAUAUUGCAUUGUACCACUUUGCGGAACUGAUCUAAUCGGGUUCGGAUGCUCGCUGUUAAAGCAAACGCACGGUGACAAAAACAUAGUUGUGUGCAAUCGCGAGUCCAACUUCGAAGGAUUAUUUUCCAAGGAUGUCGGUCAGGAUGACGGACAAUAAUCUGGGCUUUCGUCCGCAAAAGGAAUUGUGUUACACCAAACUAUUGCCCUUCAAAGAUCAACUGGAAGAAGAAUCGCUGGUAUGGCUUGUCAAGAUCAAGGAGAAUCUAGGACGUGCUGUUAUGCUUCGGGAGAUCAAACCAGCAUGUGUAUUUUGGACAAAACAAUUAUAUAUGUACAUAGAAGUAUAUGGAUUGAAGUUUAGUAAAGAAGAUCAUAUAACAUUUGUGAAGUUAACGUAUGAAAUUUUUACCAUACCAAAGUUGAAUUCAAGUGUUAUUAUCAUGUGUAGCAAUCUGCUACAAGUCUUAUUAAAAAAAAAGGAAUUAAUUAGUCCCGAUGAAUUAGAACUUCCAUGGAGACCUUUGUAUGAAAUGCUGUAUACAAUCAAACGUCCAAAAUUGUAUCGUUUUUCUGGACAAUUACAAAAUUCAAUAUAUACCUUGACUCGUGUUCUAAACAUUUAUUUUCCACUGAGCGCCACGCAAGAAAUAUUAGAUGAAUUAAGACCAACACUUUGUCCGUUUGACGAAGCGGUGAUGGGACGUACUCUUAGUAUCUUAGAAAACUUGUUACCAACAAAAUUACGUCCCCAGCAUCAUUCUGUCGGGCAUCAUUUGUGGUUUGAUGAACUUUUGAGCAUAUGGAAAGUAUGCCACAACGCGCCGUACUGGGAAAACACUAUACUGUGCUUAAUGGGGAGACUGGCACUUGACAAUAUCGGUUAUAUUGACUGGAGUCCGCACUUACCUGUAAUGUUUUCUAGAUUUACACGAUGUUUACAUCUACCUGUAACGUAUAAAAAUAUAGACAAUAAAAAACUCAAGUUCGAUAUAUCGUCGAUAUGUAUGUGGAUAGUGGGAACUUUGGGAAAUGGCUCGGACGCGCAGAUGUAUUUAGACAAAUUCUUGAAAACUGUAGAAACGUACAGUUAUCCAGCAAAUUUUGGACGGUGGACAGGAAAAUUAACUAUACUUCUUUCCAAACUUACAUAUCAUUUUCUCGCACGCUUACGCAGAGAAAGAUAUUAUCAUAAACCAACAUGGCAAACUUCAAUUCCUGACAAUUACAAGUUAACUGACGAUGAUAUUGAUGCUUUUGUCAAGAGUGUGUUGCCGUUGGCUAUGACGGUUAUAUAUCACAAGCAAAAAAUUUUCGAUAAGUGUACUGCUUUGCGGCUUCUUGCUUUGAUAAGACCGAACUUAGUAAUACCGGAUAUGCUAGAACGAAUGUAUUCCUCAUUUGAUUCUUUGACCGAACCACAUAAACUUAUAACUUUGAUAACUUGCAUGUCAUUUCUAGCUAAACAAAUGGUGCAAGGUCCUAGAUAUAUGAACGGAGAUCACGCCUUUACAGAAGGACCGAUGCACGUACUGUCUCUGCUGUUUCUUUCAUUGCCCGGAAUUGAUGCAAAUGACUUAAGAAAGUGUUAUCUUACUUUAACCUUGAUAGGUGCGUAUUGUGGAUUUAUUUCUCUUGUGGAUUGUUCAAAAUCAACCGCCGAGAUGACCGAGGACGAGAGAAUAAUAUGCGAAGGAACGUCGCGUUUCGAGGAUUUUGUAUUGCAAUUUUUGGACCGAGUGUUUCUAGUAAUAGAAGCCUGUUCGUUGGAGAACGACAGUAACAAUAUGAUUGUGAAAAGUAAUCUUGAUAUAUUUGCCCAGUCGUUACUUAAAAACACGUGCGCAGUUGUGUUGUUAGACACGAGCAAAUCGAUUUUUGAUAGCGCUUUGCAUAAAUUGCGCACGUUCAUGACGGAACGAAUCUUCGAGACCGAAAUCGCAGGCCAAUUGGCAAAAGCCGUGUGCAGAGGAUUCGCUGUGUGCAACGGGCGCGAAACAUUGCGCGUACUGUUGCCCACGCUUGCGCAAACAAUUUUAUCAUUGGUCAACGAGAUGGAAGACGUUUCGAAGGAAUAUAAUUUAGAUCAACGUCUUCUGUACACCUUACUCAUAUUAACCGCGGUUGUCGACACCACGGGCGACAAUUUGUUACCCUACAUGGAUACUCUGUAUGAGAUUCUCGAUCACGUCUUAUAUUUGAGAUCGAAAAACGGAAAUGAAGUGGUGUGCAAUUUGUUGCAAGAAAUUCUCAAGCAUUUGUCGACCAUCACCAUGUAUCCUCCUAAAAAGAUAAUUUCCGAAGAUCCGGAUUAUUGUCACAUCAGAGACUGGGGUAAAGGCGUGAAUGUCGAUAAGUUCGAUGCCAAAUGGUAUAUUCCCGGUGAGGCGGAACUCGCUGCUGUGCAACAAAUAUUUUCGAGAUAUUUAACAGUUCAAAUUGACAAACUCAAGAAGUACUGCGAAGAUCCCAGCACAUUAACUCCAGAGGAGCUGCGUAUUAGUCUGAAUAUUAUAAAACACGUUCUUCUCGGUGCCACGGCGUUUUUACCAGUAUGGACGGAAACACCGCUUGUAAUAGUCGAGUCUUCCGUAGAGCGUAAUGUGUCUGUGCCACGUCAGUUUGGCAAGAUGGGAUGUGUCACGAUGCCUGACGGGAGUAACGUUAGGCAAUAUCUUGCUGGAAUUAUGAGCCAAGUCCAACGGACAAUGCUCGACAAUGGAGAAGACGACACAAAAAGUUUCGACGCUUUAAUUUAUAUUUGGAAAAGUCUGUUGCUUGGAAAUUUGCACCAGCAAGAAUAUUUAGCUGACCGGCUCAAUGAUUUUCACGAAGCCAAGAAGAUGUUUGAAAAUAAAUUAGAAGGAAACAAAACUCGAGUACUUAGAUUGCUACACAAUCGCUGUAUGGUGCAGCUACAUAUUCGCGAGCUGGCGCGUAUCAAAAACUCGUGCAUACUUACGGAAAUUCACAAACAAAUAAUAAUGGAGCUAUUCGCAUUGGCCACAAGCAGAUACGCGAGCGUUCGUAGCAGCGCUCAACUCGGCCUAUUUUCUGCUUUCAGAUAUUUUCCGUAUUCCUAUAAAUUUCUUGUUCCUCACAUUUGUGAUAUUUUGGCAAAGGAUACCGAAAUACAUCAUAACGCGUGUAAAGGCGUUCUAUAUAUUCUGUUCGGAGAGGAUGUAAGUCCCAUUCUUGUGAAAGAAGACUGGAAUUUGUUGAAGACAUUGUGGCCAGCCGUCGUGCUUUCCAAACCGUCUGAGAAAAUUUCUCUACGUACUUUGAAGGAGUGUCUUAUACAAGUCAUAAGUACUAACUUCGCUACGUGCACGAUCGAGUUAGAAGUACCCGAUAGAUGUUUGACUGUUGCGCGCGCUCUAUGGGAACACUCUCCACAACCAACGUUGCCGCAACCCGAUGAAAAUAUGAUACAGAGCGGUCUGCAGAGCUUAAAAAAACUCAACGAAUCUAACGUAGCGGCGUAUAAUGGUCUGCUUGACGAACUGUUACGUUGUAUAUCGGAGAAAUGUUUACACUGGCGGCAUAGAUUAAUGGCAAUGGGUUUUAUACGCGAUAUGAUUCAUCCAGAUCAAAAUUAUCCCGCUCAAGUAGUGCGUUACUUCUUGCAAGCUCUCAUACACGAUUCCGUGGAGGAAAGAAAAAUUGCUACGAAAGUAGUGGCGUACAUGUUGAGACAACAAAAGCGAAAACAUUUAAAGGUGGAAGUUAAUUUAGACAGUUUAGCCAAGGAGAAUACGUUAAGCAAGGAAAAUCAGUUACAACUCGUCACACCUGGAAUAAGAGCUGACAAUUCUUGGCUUCAAUACAAUUAUGAAACUCGUCCGCUCACCGCCGAACAGUGGGAUGAGCCUAGAUACGUCCAUCAAGUAUACACUGGUUAUUAUGUAUGGCCAAAAGUCCUGAAGGUAUACGCUCCUUCGUCCCAACAGCCUUGUCUUGACCCGGCAACGCGCGAGCUAACAGAUUGCGAAAAAGAAGUUCAUCUCUUCUUCGACAAUCCGCAGAACAUCGAAAAUCUUAUAAAUUACUUCAGUUUGGAAGAGGUCAAAGGCAAACUCGACCCGUGUAGGUGUUUGCUGUUCAAGGGCUUGUUUUGCAAUCAUGGAAUCGUCCAUUUGAAGCAUUUUCUACCUCAUUUGCAGCGAUUAGUAGAAGAUAAACAGCACGAGAGUAGUCAACGGUGUGCCGCAGAAAUUGUAACCGGACUCAUCAGAGGUGCUAAACACUGGCCAUUUCAGAUGACAAGCGAUAUGUGGCAGGCGAUAUUGCCCGUUAUAAGAACUGCAAUAACAAAUGUGACAGAGGAAACUUUUGUAGGAUGGAGUAUAUGUUUCUUAAAAUCACAGGAACACAGAGAUCCAAAUAGAUAUCACUGGUUGUUGGAGUGUCUUAUGGAGGAUUCGCCUUCGGAAGAAACCUCAUUCAGACAAACCGCACGAUUGUGCAUGCUACAAAGUACCUUGUGUCAAGCAUCAUGGCGAAAAACAGAACUGUUGCGUCGUCUGCUAACGCGUAUCGAAGAUCGAAUAUUAACCAAUUUACUGCAGAAUGUUCGCGAAACUCUCGGAUCUGUGUUAACUACUAUAUUCAUGGUCGAUAUUAAAAGUUUGCGCAACUCAUCCGAUUCCAUGACUCCGCGAAUAGAAACCUUGAUAAACAAGAUUAUGCCGCAUUUAAAUCAACUUAUAACGAACAAUCAUGCGGAUGAAUCCGAGAAUUCGGACAAAACAAAAAUUAUAGUGGAAAAAGUGUCUAAUCUUUCGCUUGACGAAGCGAACCAAGUGUCUAAGGAAGACGACAUACGUAAGGGAAUGUUAAAGACUGUAUGCAAGUGGAUUCAAUGUAACGUACAUCAAGUACUGUACAGUGCAAUGCCAGAAUUUUAUCAGCUGUUCCCAAUUAUAUGUCAAUUAGGAACUUCGGAAAAUGACAAAGAACUCCAUGAUUUGUGUUUACGCGCUCUAGGAUCGCUCGCGCAAGUACUCGUACUGCCCGAAGACAUGUCAACUAUAUUGACAACGGUUAAAACAACAUCCGAACAUCUAUCGUGGUCUGUUAGACUUGACUGUUUAGAGUAUCUUCAAGUACUGGUCUUUCACAAUAUGAGCAUAAUUCUUAGCGAUAACACAUGGAUCGAUUGCAUUAAAGAUAUUGUACUGCGUCUACUGGAGGAUGAUCGUCUUGAAGUCAGAGAGAAAGCUGGUCAGGUACUCAGCGGACUGUUACAUUGCACAUUCAUCACGGACUAUGAUGAGUUAUUGGAGGAAUUUAAGAAAAAAACGAAAACGCGAUUGCACAAAAGGAAAAGUCCUAAUGAAGAUUCGUCGAGAAAUGCUUCAAGUGCAAUACGUCUGCGUCAUGCUGGUGUGCUUGGAUUGUGCGCUUUUAUUACUGCUCAUCCGUACGAUGUACCUAAAUAUGUACCUCCAAUCUUCGAACAUCUUAGUCAUCAUAUGAACGAUCCACAACCUAUACCGAUGACAAUAAGGAAUACACUGAAUGAUUUUAAGCGAACGCAUUACGAGAACUGGACCGGAAUAAAUGGUCAUGCGCAACAUUUCACGGAUGAGCAAUUGGACGUUUUGCAAACUUUGACAAUACCACCGUCGCAUUACGCUUGAUUGGUGGUUUGACAUUUAAAAUACAACCAGCGUAGAGAUACAAUAAGUAUGAACAGUAGACGAUAUUUGCGUGCUCAGUUUUUCACGUUUGUAUGCGAAAUUGGCGAUCAUUUUUGCGCUAAACUACACAACCACUUCUCAAUCUAUGCACAUGUCAACAAACAUGGUAUGCAAACAAAAAAGAAACAAAAAAAAAAAAACAAAUGUCACCCGAAUCACGAAUGUGAACGUUUUUAUUUCCGUAUAUUUUAAGAUAAAUAUACGUUUUCAAAUUUUUUCUUUGAAUCAUCUCCAGAAGAAGUGUAAAUAGAAAGAGAGAGAAUAUGAAUAUACACGUUAGAUUGAAACAACACGAAUAACAAUUGAAUAUUUUAUUUCGUAGUUUUAUGAAUUUUAUUUUAAAUGAUUUUUUUUUUAAUAUGCUUCUGUACACAACAGUAUAUAGGUUUUUCACAACUAACUGCCCAAUAUUUCCAGCAUAGAGUUUUUGAGACUUUCUAAGAUAAAAAGUCUAAUAUAAAAAUACAGACAAGAUAUGUGUUAGAAUAAAUUUUUAAGAUAAUAAACGAUUAAAGAUUGCCAAUCACGGUGCUCCACAUAUUGCUCAGAGAUGUAACAAAAAGUAGUAGCUCUCUAAAAUGGAUGAUAUUGGUGUAUAUUACAAUAUGCUUGUUCAUUGCAGACAUAUAAGUUGUGUGUAUCUAUAUAUAUAUAUAUAUAAGAAAUUUAAUAUUAUAUCUCUUAAUAU